GCUAAUUACAAGAGACUUUACUAUCCUAACAGAGAGGGGUGGGUUACUUGCUUUCCGUUACAUCCCGAAUUCUUCUGCACGCAAGGCCUUAAACUACAACAAUUAUCAACAGCAGUUUAAAGUUUAGCAGAGCUACUCAUUGUUAUACAGGUGGUAUCAGUUACCCAGUGGAGCCUCUGUAAUAACACACAUAUACACACAUGUAAUUACUGUUUAAGGAGUAUCUGCCACCAUCCUGCCUUCAAUAUGAGCCCUGACUGCAGAGUAAGAGAAGCAAGGUUCACACCUACUCUUUUUCAUGAAGGCUACAAGAAAUGUUUAUGCUGAUUUAGGAAUUGGCAAACAAAUUAUCUCUCUCUGGAAAACGUCAUGUGGCUUGGGCUCAAGAAAUGGUGAACGUCUGGGUCACAAGUCCUUUGAGGAGUGGCUGAGGGAGCUGGGGUUGUUUAGGCUGGAGAAAAGGAAGCUCAGGGGAGACCUUAUCACUCUCUAUGACUGCUUGAAAGGAGGCUGUUGCCAGGUGGGAAUUCGCCUCAUCUCCCAGGCAGCCAGUGACAGGACAAGAAGGCAUACUCUCAAGCUAUGCAUUAGAAGGAAUUUCUUCACAGAAAGGGUGAUUAUAUACUGGAAUGGACUGCAUGGGGAGGUGGUGGAUUCAGCAUCCCUGGAGGUGUUUAAGGAAGGACUGGAUGUGUAGUGCCCAUGUCUAGCUGAUACGGUGGAGUUCAGUUAUUGGCUGCUCUCGAUGAUCUCAGAGGUCUUUUCCAACUAAAUUAAUUCUGUGAUUUUGUAGAGGCUGAUUUGGUACGAAGCCAAUCCAGCCAGAUGGGUUUCCAGGCUUGGCUGCCACUGCCAUUGCCAAAGCAGCUGGUGGUGUUCGGGCUGGGAGACUGGAGCUGUUACUCUCCGGACACGAGCAUCGCAGUGGAUGUGCUGGUGUCCCCAGAUGUCGCGCCACAGCGGGUCGGCACGCUGGAGCCCACCCGCAGGUCUCUGGUGUGGGAAGAUGACUGGAGAACAGAUAUUUUCAUGGCCUCAUUGAAAGAGAUGGACAAAGGCAACCCUGUGAGGCUUGUCCUGACUGUCAGUGGACAGCUGCUCCGAGGUGUCUCCAGCAGUACACCUGCCCGUUCUUUUCUUGUACCAGAGACCACCCAGUCACCAGUACUCCCAGCAGAUGAUAGGCCACUUGGUCAGGACCUGGAGGAUCCUACUGGGGUUAAGAGUCAGAGCUCAGAGGUGCCUGCCAGAGCAUCCAGGCCUGUGAAGAACAUCCAACCACCACUGAGGACUGUGGUGGUACCCUGUGCCCUGAAGUCACCAGCUGGAAAGGUGGAACCCAGUGAGGCCUGGAGGAAGAGUCCUAACCAAGAACCACCAAGAGUCCACUCCAAAAAGCCCAGAAAAGUUUUAUUUGAACCCACAGCAUCUGAGAAAGAUCUUGAUGAAGAAGAUCUGGCAGUGAAGGAGUUGCAAGGUGAGGAUUUGGUUCCUAGAUCCUGGUUUGUCUUUUCAGUCAUUCAGUGGUGGUAUUCCUUCCCUUCAACAUCGGAAACCUCUCAUGCUUCAUCCUGUAUCUCCCCAGUGAACAAGAACAACCCCUCUGAAUCUCAGGCAUACCUCUGCGUACAUAGCUCUUUGAGGAAAAAAGGCAGUCCCAGCCCUCGAUGGUGCCAUGCCAUGUGCCUCAGUGACCGGGGGACAGCUGUUCUCAUCGGUGGAGAAGGUGUCAAUCAACAGUCCUGCAGGGAUGCUUUCUGGAAGCUGGAAACUGACAGUGAUUUAUGGCUUCCAGUGGGUUUCCAGCUACAGAAUGCCAUGCCAUCAUGCUUGCAUGGUCACACAGCUACUUAUGACCCUGACACCAAGCGUAUCUACAUCUUUGGGGGCAUAAGGGAGGACAAAGACUACAGCAGCAUGUACAUUCUGGACACAGUCACCUGGAAAUGGCUCCUUGUGGCUGCGAAAGGGAGGAUACCAGUGCUCACCUACCACAGCGCAACUAUCUACCACAAGGAGCUCUUUGUUUUUGGAGGAACUUUCCCUAGAAAGGCAUCACUGGCAGUUGCACCCUGCAGCAAUGUGCUCUAUGUCUUUAAUCCAGAGCAUGAGAUUUGGUAUCAGCCCAUUUCAGAAGGGGAGAAACCUCUACCUAGGCUUGGGCAUUCAGCUACUCUAUUGAAAAACAAGCUGCUGAUUUUUGGGGGUCGGAGGACUUCUCUCUACCUUAGUGACAUGCACAUUCUGGAUCUGGGUUUCAUGGAGUACACACCAGUCCCCCUGCUGGCAGGACAGCCUUCUGCACGUUGUUUUCAUGCAGCUCUGGCUGUGUCGGACCAGAAGGUUCUGAUCAGUGGAGGCUGCAAUGCCAGAGGAGCCUUCCAUGAUGCCUUUGUCUUCCACCUAGAUACUCUUUCAUGGAGCACAGUGAUCCACCACGACCUCUGCUCUGUUCCCCGAGCUGGCCACACAUUGCUUGACAUGACUCCUGCCCACUUAAUGGAUAUGGACAAGGAGAAGAAAGAGGAGCAGAACCUGCACAAGGUGUUGGUCUUUGGGGGCUCCAACUGUGCUGGGACCUUUUAUAACAGCACAGUCAAGAUCCAGCUGGACCUAGGAUAAUGCAUGAUUCUCAGAAUGAGCCUGAACAGCAAGUCUCUUCACCAGCCUAAAUACAGAUAUGGAUGGCAAUAAAUGAGUCCAAGCAACAUGGCAGUCCAGGUGAAUGCCACCUUGGUACAAGUGAUUGUGGGUUUAUAAAGUCUGAAGGCCAUGGGUAUUGUUCUCCUAGGGUACCUGACAUACAGUAUCUGGGUUCAGGUGCCAAAACAUUCAGUGGGAUCUGAGCUGAGCCUGCACAAGCACACAGACACAAGGUUAUGGGUUCCCUUUUUGCCCUACAGAUUUUUAGCUGGAAUUCCCAGGGCACUUUCAGCUUUGAAGGUGACUUAGGUGUUUGGUUUCAUUUGAGUAUUUACUGCUGCUAUUUGUCCUCAGAGUAAUAGGUACAGGUAUGAUUCUGGUUUGGAGGGAAUCUUGGGUGGGAUUCCCUUGGGCAACAGUCUGCAGCUGAAGGCUAGGAAAACACCUAGAGUGGUAUCUGAGGAAGGGAAAAAGAAGAGAAUGAUUUUCAGUGUAGGGGAGAGAGUUGGUUGUGCCUUGCUGUCACAAUCACCUAGCUUUUCUCUAGGCAGACCUUUUAUAAAUUCUGUGCUCUGGUUAUUGCAAGGGGUCACAGAGUUGCUGACUUGGCUCUUUCAAGACUCCAAGAAGGGUUAAGCUAUCUUCCAUCAGAGACUAGAUCUUAUUGUUUAUAUCCAUGGAACUGAUGACUAUGCUGUGCCUCUGAGUUGGGUCGAAGGAUAAGCACACUGUGUAUGCUGAUUCCCUGA